CAGACGUUGGCCAAGUUGCUGAUUGUCCGAUGGAAUUUCUCGCACAGUUGGAUGCAGCAGUGCUCAGCCGCACGUUGUCCUUCCUGCCGCAGCGUGAGGCCUGGUCUUUGACGCUCCUCUCCUCCGAGUGGACCGUCCUGGUCGCACAGCACCUCCGUCGCCUCACCGUCUCCGACGGCGCGGCGCGGAUCCCGCCGCCGGCGCUGCGCCGGGCGGCGCCGUGGCUCCGGCGCCUCGACGAGGUGACCUUCGUGGGCUCCACUCGUAGCUUCUGGGCCUUUGCAUCGGAGCUGCUGGAGCUCUUGCAGCGCCACCAAGCUCCUUUGCAGCGCCUCACCGUCCGCGCGUCCACCACGGACGCAGCGAUUCCCGCGGGCGAGGGCGUGGAGCUGCUGUUUGCGGUGCUGAGGGGUGGCAACGAUGCAGGCGUGGAGUCCUUGACGGUGGAAGAGCUGGUGCUGCGAGACGAGUUGAUGGAAGAAGUGAAGUGCUUUAUGGCUCGGAACAACUUGAGCUCUUUGGCGUUGAAGCAGUGCGGCUUGGAAGGGGCCCAGGCAGAAAAGCUGCUGACACUGGAAGGGGCCCAGAGCGAGAAGCUGACGCAUCUGGACUUGAGCCGAAAUGCUUUGGGUCUGGAAGGAGCGAAUGUCUUGGCCAACUGGUUGCCAUCGCUACCUACACUGCAGGUCUUGAUGCUGGGAGGAAAUGCCUUAGGACCAGCAGGUCUCGCCACCUUGGUGCCGGCCUUGGCGCCUUCGCUGAAGAUCUUGGACCUGUCCCUGAACGGUCUCGGCACCACAGGGAUCGAGGCCUUGAUGCCGGCGGAGCUCAAACUGGAAAGCCUCAAUUUGUAUGGAAACUGGCUGGGCUCGACGAAUGCAGAGGUCGUGCCCGUCUUGUUGCAGUCCAUGAGCGACACGUUGAUCACCUUGGAUCUGGCGCAAAACAAACUCGGCCCCCGUGGGCUGCACGAUGUCUUGGUGAACCUCAGGCCCUUGCCGCGCUUGCGAAAGCUGGUGCUUGCUGAGAACUCCUUCGCGACAGAAGACUUCCCGCCCGAAGCCUUCAGUCGCUUGAGCGUUGCGGCGCCUCAACUGGAGGAGCUGGAUCUCCGCGCGAGCCAGCUGGGCGGAGAUCGACGCGUCUUAGGUGGGGUGAUUCAAGCAUUGCAGAAGUCUCUUCGCAUCCUGCAUUUGGGCGCUGCCUCUUUGGAGGGCUCGCGCCUCAGUCCACACAGCAGAACCAUGGAUCCAUGAGGCUUUGGGUGUCGACAGGCGAAGCUCUCGCGGUGCUGCUGGAGAAUUUGGACUUGCCACUCUUGGAGAACUUAAGUGGCUUGGAUCAAGAAUGCUCAGUUUUGGGACCAAGAUCCACCCACCUGGAUCGACCAAGGUUGCACGGUGCUGCUCACCCAACAUAUGCCACUUCUUGAUUCAUGUCCUGUGGCAUCCUGUGGCGAUACGUGGCUUUCUGUAUGAGAUGUCGACGAAUGAGAUGAGGAAAAGAAGGCAGAAAAUCGCUGAUCCUUCAAGAGCGACUGGCAGAGAGAUGCCCAAUUUCUUGUAGCGUCACAGAGAGAGAGAGAGAGGGAGAAGGAGAAGGAGAAAGAGAAAAGAAAGAGAAAGAGAAAGAAAAAGAUACAGAACAGGACUGUAAAUUGAGGCAUCUUGUUCCUGCAUCAUCACGAAGAGCAUGGGUCGGCUCUUCAGCCUUCCACUUCUACCUGCCACAUCCUUCAACCUGCUUGCCCCGGAUAAUGUCAUUUGAAUCUGCUUUGGUUUAUAUAACUUAAAAUCUAAAUGUCUCAAUCUCAUUGGUUUACACCUUCUUGCUAGCGCCCUUGCUCCUAGUAGCGAUGCCCUUGUCACUACUAGCUUCUUGCUACUAGUAGGUUCCUGCACUAGUAUGUUUAAAGUAUCACCCGGCUUCGGAAAGCUAAGGCCUAGUGCAGGCGCGACUGGUGGACUCCAGCCUCCAAGUCUUGGGCAGCUGGUGGUCGAAAGGGCCCAGCGUUCCACUGCCCAAGUUGCGAUCGAUGGAUCUCAGCUCGGGUGCCCCAGAGAUGUUUGGAAGCAUUGGAAUGCUCCAAAUGGAGCAACGAUGGGAUAGCGUAACUUGGCCUAUGGAUGCCACUGGCACCCUAUGGCUAAUAGCUAAACUAAUUAUAUUCAGAUUCGGUUUGGUGUGUGCAAAAAGCCACUGGCUAAUCUCAUGAAGAGGGCGAUGGAUGGAUGGAGAGAGAGAGAGAGAGACAGAGACAGAGAGCGAGAGAGAGAGGAGUCCACCAGCCCAUCUGGACGGCACAGGACGGAGACCCCCAAAAUAGAUGAGCGAGCCUCUGGGAGAUGGGACCUUAGUUUUUCGAGAAGCAAAUUGCAAGGCUUCUUCUUUGCAGGGGUGGUUUUGGAAGAAGUCCUGCCAGCUGUUUGUUCCAUGCCUUUGCCCAAUGUCCGUGUUUCGGGUUCUUUCCAGAACUGG